UUCGAAUUGUCAUGACUGUCAUAACAUGAACAAAUAUAAACAAAAACAAAAUAAGUUUUAAUUUAUUUAAAUUCCUACUGGGAAAGUGGUAAACAAGCAGUUGCGACAAUCGACAAUCCUUAUGAAUUUUGAGAUUUGAAUAAUUUAUUUUCCGGCAACAACCGGCUUUUUAAACAAAACACAGUACUUAUCUUCGACAGUUCAAUGUGAAUUGUGAAAGGAAUUUUACGAAGUGGUAGAAAAGUGGCAAAUAAAUCAAGGAUUUUCAGGAGGGUGGUGGGUGUACGUCCACGUUAUUGAUUACUUGUUGAAUGCUCCACAUUUCGUCGCAGUAAAUGAGCUCAGAGUCGUUGUUGUCCGAGCACGAGCCCGAAGACGAAGACUAUUCAACAGCUGGAACCGGAAACAGAGCUAUGGAAGCCCGUGCAGAACACCAGAGAACCAAAAUGUAUAACAGUAUCUACUCCUUCACUACAGCCAUGGGUACAGGUCUGUUGAUUCUGGUUUUAUUUUGGUUGCUUCACUACAGAGAAGGUUUUGCGUGGACUUCAGACAUUAAAAGGCAAUUUAACUGGCAUCCAUUCUUGAUGUUAUUUGGAAUGGUAUUUUUAUACUCGCAAGCUAUACUAACUUAUAGAACAGGCCGUAGUAAACCAAAAAUGAAGCUCAAACUGUUACACGGCGGUCUUCAUCUUCUAGCUUUUGUUUGUUCUGUGAUCGCACUGAAAGCCGUAUUUGAUUCGCACAAUUUAGCUUCGCCACCGAUGGCGAACCUAUACAGUUUGCAUUCUUGGAUUGGACUGUUGACUGUCAUUAUUUUUUCAACACAGUUUUUAGCUGGAUUUCUCUCUUUCCUCUAUCCUGGAAUUUCCCCUUCUUUAAGAAAAGCUAUAAUGCCUGUUCAUGUCGUUGUUGGCACAAGCGCCUUUGUAAUGGCGAUUGUCAGCGCUCUAACUGGACUUAAUGAAAAAGCCAUUUUUACAUUGUCUGACAACUAUAAGAACUUUGUACCAGAGGCCUUUGUUUUCAACUUUAUCGGCCUGAUAGUGGUACUUUAUGGGCUUUUGGUUCUCUAUUUAGUCCAUGACCCAAUGUACAAAAGAGAUCCUUUACCCGAAGACCAAUUGGCUUUGUCAGGACGUGACGAAUAAAUAAGUACUUUUUCUUUCAAUAAGAAAUCAAAACUAAAUUUGUUUUAAAUUUUUGUUGAACUUAACAUAAGGAAAGUAUAAAGUAUGAAUAACCCUUGCCUAAAUUUAAUUGGAUCCAAAUAUCCUAUUUUUCGAAUAUUUAAGAUAAAUGUAGAAAUAUAUUUUUGAAGGUGCAAUGUACUUGAGAAAAUUCGUAUUUUUAGAAUAAUAGGGCGCUUUUUUUUAUUCAGCGAUGAAUUCAUCGAUGACCAGUCUAUCUUUGUCUAGUUCAUAGAAAAUCGGAAUUACUGUCUCAUAAUGCUGGCAGCGGAUGGAUCUGUUGCUGAAUAAAAGAAUUCACCCAUAGUUUGAUCUGACAAUGAGUUUAAAAUUUAAAUCCAACAGAGAUUUUUUUAAAAUUUGUGAUAGGUAGAUAAUAAUUUUGUUCCUGUUGUAUUUUUAAUUUUUAUUAGUUUUUAAAUUUAUUGAAAUAUGCACAAAAUAGUAAUUGUUGUUGUUAAAUGAGGGACUUAAUAUUUAAGUAUAAUAAAAUACUUAAAGAAAAUAUAAUAUUAGUGAAAAAUAAAAAUAUUAAUAUUGGGUGCUGAAAUGUAAUAUGUAUUUGUAAAACGCCUACGCCUAUAAUGUGUAAGGAAACUUAUGCCAAAAAAAAUAAUGGUGCUUCAAUAUAUUUUUUUUCUAUUUACUAGCGCACAUUUGUAUAAUUAUAAGAAACUGAAAAAUGUUGUGAUGAUUGUCGUUUUUAUUAUACUUUUAUGCCCAUAUGUAGGUUCCUUUAUAUUUUAUUUUAUUCUGAAAUACAUAAUGUAAUACCCAUUACUGUGACAUUCAUAACACACAUUACUACGUAUUAUAAAAUAUAUAAUGUUGAAAUGAA